AUGACUGGAUUUGGUUCUCCCUGUGGAGCUUGCAAAUUUUUGAGAAGGAAAUGUGUAAGGGGUUGUGUUUUUGCUCCUUACUUUUGUCAUGAACAAGGAGCUACGCAUUUCGCUGCAAUUCACAAAGUUUUCGGUGCAAGCAAUGUUUCGAAACUUCUCACUCAUCUUCCGUUAGGUGACCGCUGUGAAGCUGCCGUUACAAUUUCAUAUGAAGCUCAAGCUAGAAUCCAAGAUCCUGUUUAUGGAUGUGUUUCUCACAUCUUCGCUCUGCAACAACAGGUUGUGAGCUUGCAAGCACAGAUAGCAACACUAAGAGCACAACAAGCAGCUCAAGGUUUUGUUAAUGGUGGAAAUAUUAAUACUUCAACAAAUGAUCAUAUUCAUCAACAAGACAAUCACAACAAAUUGUUUUACGGAGAUUUUCCUACUACAUAUCCACAAAAUAUUCAAGCUUUGAAUAUGCAGUUAAACGAAUCGAAGGUAUUAUCGGAACAGUUAUAUCAAAACAAUAGUUCCAUGAAUGAUAGUAACAAUACCACAACCACUGAUGAAAACAUGUUUUAUUAUGAAAAUGGAGUAGUGAAUAUGGAAGAUUCACCAAGUAACCACAUGAGUCAUGAAUAUCAUGCUCAAUCUUCUACACCACCCGAAGAAACUGUUCAUCAGUUCUUGACUAGUACAAGUUUUGAUGACCAGUACUCAUCUGAUGAACAUCAUCGACAUGCAGCAAUGGCUUCUCAAUAUCUCGAUGACAUGCAAAUGACUGCAAGGAAGUGGACAUUCCAAGACACUGAUCAAGUCGACCUUCAAUCGAUGGCUUGCGCUUAUUUCCAACACUCGUAAUAAAAUAUAAGAACACUGGCGGCGGCAAUAGAUGAAAGUGAAACACCGUUUCAGCCGGAU